CAUUUGUUGUCUGCUAGCGUUGUCCUGGUCCACUGUGAUUAAGUAUAUAAUCGACUUCAAUUCAAUGUCAGUUGUGAGUGAGAGAAUACGAAUAAUGUUAGAUUUGCUUUUAUUUCAACUAAAGUAGUUAAAAAGAUGAAUCGGAGUUUAAACAAUAAAAAGAUACAGCAUACCGCUGCCGGAGCAAAGAGACCUGUCUCGCUGCUUUCAUCUGAAGAAGAGCUGAGUGAUAGAAGAAGUAGUAGUAGUAUUGAAUCUACACAAUCACUCAAAGAUUCCAAGUGCCAAAGAAGUACAAGGAAAGCUGCCCAGAAAGGCUGGCAGGAAAAAUUUGAUCCUUUUGAAUGCCAGUUUGUAGGUUUAACCUCUGAUGAGGAAUGGAGUGACAUGGUUCCAAAACAUUCCCGAGACAGUGAUCUUGAUUGGAGCCCAGAGCAGUCUCAGUCCAGAUCAACAGCACCUCAGAAACAUAGACCGAUCGCUAUGAAGAGAACAUCCCCCAGUAGUGCACCCAUUCUUAAAUCAGGAGCUAAUUUGAAGGACUCAGAUGAAGAUCUACAUUCAUCACCUCCAAAGCUGAUGGCAAUUGUCAAGAAAUCAAAAGACUGCUGCCCCAAGCCUUCUCGGCCACCACAAUUGAAAGCAAAACCAACGUCACCUAUUGAUAACAAGGACAAGAUUUUACUCUCUGUUCAAACACCUCUUAAUUGUGUGGAAAGUACAAGCAGCCCAGAAAAUCCUCCUACUCUGGAAGCAAAGCAAAUUUUGGAAACAAUUAAAGAAAAGAAUUUGUCAGUAGCCAAUUGUAAACCUCCUAAGUUAAAGGUAAAACCAACACAAAUUCAGAAAGAUUGCAAUAACCAACCUAAACUAAAGGAACCAACUUCAAACGUCGUAAUGGAACCAGAAUCACCAAACAGUAGAAAAAAAGUAAAAGUUUCAAUAACUUCCCCAAAGCUGUUACCCAUUUUCGAAAAACCAAAAGAGAAAAGCCAAGUGGAAUGCUUUGCAUCGCCCCCUAAAGAAACCACAUUCUUUUUACUGGCUGAAGAUGAUCUUUCUGAAGCUUCUCUGGAACCUCCAAAACUAAGCAUUGUAAAAACAACAAGAAGAGGUAGCCACAAAUCUUCAAAGCCACCAAUGCUUGAAGAAUUGGUAUCGGACUCAGGGGUAAUUGAAGAAGAUCACGUCUCAUCACCUUCUCCAGGACCUCCAAACCUUACAAGUACUCUUACAAAAUCAAACACUUGCAACCAAAAAUCUUCUCAGUCACCUCGUCUCAAAGCAGCCACAUCAAACUUGGUUGUUCCCGAUAAAGAUAAGCAGAUCUCAGUAAUACCUUCUCCAGCAGCUCUAAAUCUUGUGACGAGUGAUACAAAAUCCAAGAAGCGCAGUCACAAAAAGUCUUCCCGACCACCAGUUCUAAAAGAAACGACGUCAAUCUCAAAGGUUUCUGAAGUUCCUGAAUCUAUACAGUCUCCUUUAACAUCCCUGAAGUCUAAAUCGGUUUCAAAUAAAAAAGGGAAAAGGAAGAGUUCAAAAUCUUCUCAACCAUCAACACUGGAAGAUCUAGCAACAAUCUCACCAACCUCAGUUUUACCUGAAGUACAGGCUUCAUCCACUCCUCUUCCAAUACCAUCAAAGAUGAAAACGAUUGCUAAAAAAAAGAUGAGUUUUUCUAAUCCUUCUCCACUACCAACCGUCGUACCAGAAUCAACAAGUGACGGAGUUCAGCGUUCGACAACUUCAUCGCCACAGCUAAGCAUAGAUUUCCCCCUCUCUUUCUCUGGAACAAGAUCGCACAAAGCUAGCCUUCUUGAAAAGGGGUUUGAGAGUGGAAAAUUUAUUAUACUCAAAUCAGAUUUAAAAACUCAGAAAUCUCCAAGUAUAUGGAGAAUAGACGGGAAAAAUCUGCUUCAAAAAUACGAAUCCAUUUCUUACAAUGAUGGAAUCGCUUAUCGCAACAUUUCUACAUAUUCUAGUUGGAUGGCUUCUAACAAAGGGCUCUAUGUUCCUAUCGAUGUGGAAUUUUCCGUUCAGAGUAAAUCUGAAACAAUUGUCACUUUCGAUCGGAAAAACGUCAUGCUUCCAAUCGAGGACGGAAUGAUGGAAGCGUUGAAUGAAGAGGCAAACUCGAUGAUAGAUACCUUUCAGAUUUACCUGCAAACCCUAAUUUCUCAGGCUUUGGAUUCCAACUUUGUCAAAGAAAUUGUCAAGGAACAAGACGAAUACUUCUUGUCUAGUAUUGCUGCGAUAGAGGAUCAUUGGAUUUUGCCCAAGAGAAACAUGUUGAAGGAAAUCUUCAAAAUGAAGAAACCUUUCCAGGAAUUAUUAGAGACUCACCCGGGGCUAGAGCUGCGAUGCGUAACGUCCGGUGACAAGUCGUGCGAUAGCUGCAACGGGCGUAACCCGACGAGAAGUUUCGAAUUUCAAACUCUUAGUUACAGCUUUGACACGCUGGAUAUAAUGGAAGGGAAACCUACGAAUAAGAUGUAUCGACUCUGCCUGUCGUGUACUGACCGAAUCCUCCUCUACCACGAGCUCUUCCACAUGCGCUACCAUCUUUUCACUUGUUGUCAGACUAAAGUUAACCAGUAUGAUCAAGGUGACGGCCCUGCAGCACUAACAUCAUCCCUAGCUGAUCAAAAUUGGAAGUCUUUGAUGCAUCGUAAAGUAUUACUUGCACUAGCCGAAACUCAACAGGUCAUCAGUCAAUAUUCUGCGGAUGCUUGCGUUGUUUGAAAAAUGAUUUUGUUGCAUGUGACUAUAAAUCGUGUUUGGUGCUGUGUAUUUUUUGAAACAAAGCAUGAGUGACGUCUGACGCGACUGACUAUGGAAUGAUCGAAAAUGUUCUUCGAUAUCUCGCUUUUCUGCAAUACAAGAAAUAUUUGUUUUAA